AAAAAAAGGUACGGAGCCGACCUCAAGGUCACCAUAUACAAAUCACAGGUGAACCAAGGAAUAGCACCAGUAUAUGUUGUACUUUAUAUUUCGUACUUACCUCUCUCUUCCAGACCCAAUAAAGCUGGCUGGCAUUUGACAAACAAAUGCCCUUGGCAUUUCUCUGUUUUUCUAUCACAGUCUCCUCCCAUAGGACAUUGCAGUUCAGUCUGGGUUUAGAUUAGAAAUGGAGUUAUCUAUACAGGUAUAGUAUAGUUGUGAGGGCCUGAGUAGAAUGUCCAAAAUCAUUCAUUCACUUAAUGCCUGUUAAUUGAACUUGUCCUGCUAUGUGCCUAGCAUGAUUUUAGGUGCUGAGAAUACAGGAGUGAAUCUCCAAAAUCCCCACUUUUUAGCAGAGGAGAGAGACAGCAAACAUGAACACACAGACCUGAAGCAAAGCUAAGUUCUAUGAAGAUAAAUAGCAACAAGAAGGAGGGAUGAUAUUUGGGGUUGAGAGGGUUGGAGAAGGCCUCUCUGAGGAGGUGAGAGUAGAGUAGAGACCAGGAUGGGGUGAGAGAACCAAGUCCUGUGAAUUUCUUUCCUUUCCCAGCCUCCCUUAAAGUGUGAGUUGCAAGCAAUGAAUAUUCCCACCUGGCUGAAACAAAAAGGUGCUGGUGGGGGUCCUUGCUCUCCAUCCUGUAAAUUCACCCUUGACAAAAACAGUGCCUUUCAGACCAGACUACAUGGGCUGUUGUAUUCAGAUUGAACAUUAGCUGGAAGCUUUUAACUGUCUCCAAACUGCUUCAUCAUCCAAAGAGUUACGAAAGCAAUAAAGCUGACAGUACCUGUUGAAAAUGCAGCAAACAGUAUUUAUAAGUAAUUGUGUUAGAGGAAGCACUUACAAUGGCUGGCAUUUAAUACUGAGAAGUGUUGCUACAGUUUGUAGUUGGGAAGGUUCUGUAGCCUUGGCUACUGUGUGUCACCCUCCUUCAAAAGCUGUUUCAAAAAGGAUCCACCUGGCUUAAACCAUUGGCGUGCUUAAACCAUUGGCGUCCCUUUACCAUAAUGACAAGAGAGAGUUUGGUUUAUAUCAAUAACUGAUUGCACAUUUGUCCAAUAGAUACUGUCAAUUGGUGACUUCCUGGAGGAAGCCCAAACAGAAUGAAGCAGGAAAAAGGAGAUCUAACCUAGGUAUUCAUGUUAAUUUCACAGCUCCACAGAGGCCCUUUGAAGUCCUCUCCCCGCCCUCCCACAAAUCCCCACACUAUCUGAAGGCUGGAGGAGCUCUAUCUUAGAGCUGUUUGGGAACUGUCUUCAAAAACUAGAAUGUAUACUGCCCAACAGAGAGUCAAUUUGAAUUUCAAAUCCCGUUGUCUCAGACAGUGUUUCCAAGCUAGCCUACCAGCAGAGCCACAACUUUCUUCCUUCCUUUUUUUUUUUUUUUUUAAUCUCUGCCACUUUAAAAAGGUAACAAAACAAAAAGCAUCUUCUCCAGCAGAGAUAACAGAAAUUGGCCAGAGUUAUUUACUUGACUGCUCUAUUUAUGGCAACUUGUUUGUGUAUUUUUAAAUCACAGUUACAAUGAGCUAUUGUUCAGUGGUGUACUGUAGGAACAUAUAUGUUGCAAACUACUCCCAAGGAAACCUGAUGGUACAGGUUCUUUUCUUUUACCUAACCAAAAAAGUUAAAAAUAAAAAAGUAGGCUACUGAAGGAAUUUGACCGUUUUAAGUUGCUUUUAUUUGCUAGCCUUUUAUGAAAUGGCAAAGCUAUUAAAUAUUGCCUCCUCUUCUCCCCAUUUCCUUUUAUCACCAUGUGAUAAGGAGGCUAUUGCAGAAAUUAAAAUCUGUCGUUGAGAAGAGAUUCAGACCUCUGCUGCAAAUAUUUAUCACUUCUUUCUGGGCUUGCUUUGAGGUUCCGUUUUUGCUUUUCUUGGCCCUUUCUGUGAACACCUAAUGCCAAGCUGCACUUUCUCAUGGUGUACCUAGAAAUAGCUGAGAACCAAGAUUAGCCUUACGUGUGGGGCAGGCAGGCUCUGGUGUUCGAAUAAUGAUAUUCACUUAACCUACUUAUAAGAACUCUCAGUCAGGUACUUGAUUAAGUGCAUCCCGUGACCUGGCUCCUUUUCUCUUGUUGUUAUUUACUGAUAAAAAUAAAUCUCCUGCGCUAAGCAGUAGGCAUCGCUUCGAAAUGCAAGAGAAGUCCUACGGGGAGAAUUCAUAUGUUAAUGAGCCCUUCCUAGGGAGAACUCGGUUCAGCGUGCCAUUUGCUGACAUCAUUGUUAUGGGCCGAGCGGAGAUGAUUUCUGUAAGAGGUGGUUUUGCAUAUUCUCCUGGCGCGCUGUGGUCCGCGCGUGCACCUGCGGGAGGGGGAGUUUACAUAAGCGUCUUGGGGGACUUGCCUCUCCGCUGCUCCGCUCAGUAGGGCUCGCGGCCAUGGAGCGGAUGGACCGAGCAGCCAUUGUUUGAUGUCCUGUGACUGAGAAAACCAGCCUCUGAACGUUGCUAUGCCUUUGGAGAUGGAGCCCAAAAUGAGCAAACUCGCCUUUGGGUGCCAGCGAAGUUCCACGUCAGAUGAUGACUCUGGCUGUGCGCUGGAGGAGUAUGCCUGGGUGCCCCCCGGACUUCGACCAGAGCAGAUCCAGCUCUAUUUUGCUUGCUUACCAGAGGAAAAGGUUCCAUAUGUUAACAGCCCUGGAGAGAAACAUCGAAUUAAACAGCUUUUGUACCAGUUGCCACCACAUGAUAAUGAGGUGCGGUAUUGCCAGUCUCUGAGCGAAGAGGAGAAGAAAGAACUGCAAGUGUUCAGUGCUCAGCGGAAGAAGGAAGCACUGGGAAGAGGCACCAUCAAACUUCUGUCCAGAGCCGUGAUGCACGCCGUGUGCGAGCAGUGCGGGUUGAAGAUCAACGGCGGCGAGAUUGCGGUGUUCGCCUCGAGGGCGGGCCCCGGAGUGUGCUGGCACCCGUCCUGUUUUGUCUGCUUCACGUGUAACGAGCUGCUGGUGGACCUCAUCUAUUUUUAUCAGGACGGAAAAAUUCACUGUGGCAGGCACCACGCUGAACUGCUCAAGCCACGGUGCUCGGCAUGUGACGAGAUAAUUUUUGCGGAUGAGUGCACGGAAGCAGAGGGUCGCCACUGGCACAUGAAGCACUUCUGCUGCCUUGAGUGUGAGACGGUCCUGGGAGGGCAGAGGUACAUCAUGAAGGACGGCCGCCCGUUCUGCUGUGGCUGCUUCGAGUCUCUGUAUGCGGAGUACUGCGAGACCUGCGGCGAGCACAUCGGUGUGGACCACGCCCAGAUGACCUAUGACGGGCAGCACUGGCACGCGACAGAAGCCUGCUUCUCCUGUGCCCAGUGCAAAGCCUCUCUGCUGGGGUGUCCCUUCCUCCCCAAACAAGGUCAGAUCUAUUGCUCAAAAACGUGCAGCCUCGGCGAAGACGUCCACGCCUCCGAUUCCUCCGACUCUGCGUUUCAGUCCGCCCGGUCGAGAGACUCCAGAAGAAGUGUCCGGAUGGGCAAAAGCAGCCGGUCAGCGGACCAGUGCAGACAGUCUCUCCUCUUGUCCCCUGCUCUCAACUACAAGUUCCCUGGCCUCUCCGGCAAUGCCGACGACACCCUUUCCCGGAAGCUGGAUGACCUGAGUCUGUCCAGGCAGGGAGCAGGUUUUGUCAAUGAAGACUUUUGGAAAGGCAGAGUCGAGCACGAAACCCCAGAAGACCCCGAAGAAUGGGCCGAGCAUGAAGAUUAUAUGACGCAGCUCCUCCUCAAGUUUGGUGAUAAAAGCCUCUUUCAGCAGCAGCCCAACGAGAUCGAUAUUCGAGCCAGUGAGCAUUGGAUAUCUGAUAACAUGGUUAAAAAUAAGGCCGAGUUAAAGCAAAAUAACCAGAGCCUCGCGAGUAAAAAAUACCAAUCUGAUAUGUAUUGGGCACAGUCCCAAGAUGGCCUGGGAGAUUCUGCGUACGGCAGCCACCCAGGCCCGGCAAGCAGCAGAAGGCUCCAGGAGCUGGAUCUGGACCAUGGGGCCUCGGGAUACAAUCACGAUCAAGCACAAUGGUAUGAAGAUUCCCUGGAGUGCUUGUCAGACUUGAAACCGGAGCAGAGCGUCCGGGAUUCUAUGGAUUCUUUGGCUUUGUCUAACAUCACAGGGGCUUCGGUGGAUGGAGAAAGUAAGCCAAGGCCAUCCUUAUAUUCUCUGCAGAACUUUGAGGAGAUAGAGGCAGAAGAUUGUGAGAAGAUGAGCAACAUGGGGACUCUGAACUCUUCCAUGCUGCACCGGAGCGCCGAGUCCUUAAAGAGCCUCGGUUCAGAGCUGUGCCCAGAGAAAAUCAUGCCGGAGGAGAAACCAGUCCACCUGCCAGUGCUCCGAAGAUCCAAGUCCCAGUCCAGGCCCCAGCAGGUCAAGUUCUCAGAUGAUGUCAUCGACAACGGGAGCUAUGACAACCUGGAGAUCCGGCAGCCCCCGAUGAGCGAGAGGACGCGGAGGCGGGUGUACCACUUCGAGGAGAGAGGGUCCCGGCCGCACCACCACCGCCGCCGGAGGAGCAGGAAGUCCCGCUCCGACAACGCCCUCAACCUGGUCACGGAGAGGAAGUACCCUCCCAAGGACAGGCUGCGGCUGUACACGCCCGACAACUACGAGAAGUUCAUCCAGAAUAAGAGCGCCCGGGAGAUCCAGGCGUACAUCCAGAACGCCGACCUCUACGGGCGCUAUGCCCACGCCACCUCCGACUACGCGCUGCAGAGCCCGCAGGUGCCCCGCUUCCUGGGGCUCUACGGGGAGGACGACGACUCCUGGUGCUCCUCCUCCUCCUCCUCCUCCGACUCGGAAGAAGAAGGCUAUUUUCUUGGACAACCGAUCCCCCAGCCCCGGCCACAGAGGUACGCCUACUACACAGACGACCUUUCCAGCCCCACGUCUGCACUCCCCACGCCUCAGUUUGGUCCAGGCAUGACUAAACCCAAGAAGAAAAAGGGACACAAGGGCAAAAACUGUAUUAUUUCUUAACCCAGUAGCUGUGGAGGUCCUGUCUCAACUUAGCCAUUAACCCUCUUGACUCAUAUCCUUUUUCUUUCGUAGGAAAGUUGCUAAAAUAGUUUAAAGUGCUUUGCCCAUGUACAUGAGCCCCCCCGACUGUUGUUUACAGUGUCAGAUGAACACUCAGAAGGUGUGAUUUCUCCCAUUUACCCUCCUCGGACGGUGCCAGUCAGGUACAUUAGGGUGUUGCAUAGCAGCUUUGGUUUCCAGUCUGCAAGAGAAUCUUCUAGAAACUCUCAUAAGGUGAUUGGACGGGGGUACUGAUUUUAGACGACGGAGAACUUCAGCCGCCUUUGUAAAGCAAUAGUGUUUGUCGUUGUCCACGCCAGGUUGGCCCAGGCCUGAUCGGUCUGUCUUGUGCGGCAUGCACGUAGUCACACUGACCCAGCCAACACUGUGCGCCCCAUCCCACGAGGCCACCUCGUCCCCUUGCAAUCUUCUUUAGCCAGGUAAACUUUGUAUUAUUGUAUUAGCUCCAGCUACAGAUUGAAACACAAAACAAAAAAACUUUGCUAUUUAUAAUGUAGUAUUUCAUAGACUUAAGUGUAUUCCUAAUUUAACGGUGCAAAUAUUAAUGUACAUAAUGUACAGUUCAGAUUUUAAAGCUGAUAUUUUUAUAUCCCUGAAUUGCAAGAUGUUUGUUACACUGCAGUGCUAGAUUUGUUAGGGAACCAGAAACAGCAUUUAUGGAUGAAAUGAUUGCUUGUAUUUUAGUCAGGGUUUAUAAGUCUAGAUGGUCAAAUUUAUAUUGCCUAGUGAUGGAGAGUUCAAUUUUUUUGACUUUUUCCCCCCAAUAUUAAAAAGGCUCUGUAUGCAUGGUGGGGCUGUGUAAAUAGUCUUUAAAACUAUGGCCCUAUUAAUCUUCCGAAUGUUAUUUAUGGGUCAAGUAAUGUAAACUGUAUAAAUGUAAAAACAAACAAAAACCCCAUAUAGACCCCUGGAAUAUAUGGUAAAAACAAGUAGAAACUUUGGGUGGAUGUUUUUUU